AUGUCAGCAGAGCAAGCGGAAUCUGAUGACAUCGAUAGACAAGGCCGCACAAUCGACGGGGGCGCCACGACAACUGAGCAGGCUGGCACGCAGAUUCGGCUCGUCGAGGGCGUUCCCGUCGCCGGCUUCUGCGAAGACUGGGCCGUCCGCGCUGCUCUGCGUCACGAGCCUCGCGACGACGAUGUGUACGUGGUUGCCUACCCGAAAUCCGGCACCACGUGGGUGCACUACCUGACGAGGCGGUUGCUGCAUCUAGGACACGAGAGUCCGGCAGAGAGUGCGAUGCAGUGCAUGCUCAGCUCCAUCAUAGGCUACACCGGCAGUGACGAGCCGGGCGCAGUAAUCAAGUCGCACCUGCUUUUCGGCAGGACACCAUUUUCGGAGAAGGCCAGGUGA